CGAACAGGUGCCUCCAAGCUGGAGCACCAUGUCCCAGUCUCAUCCGAACAUUCCAUAGUUGAGCCGAUUCUCACCACCACACAACCUCAUGUGGAUCCUCGAGCACGAAAGCCUCUUUGGAGGGAGGCGAGUCUGGCUGCGACCAGGCACGCAGCUCCUCUACGGUCGGACAAACCCAGGCAAAACCGGUGCAGGCGAAGGGAAAGCCUGCUUCAUCGACAGCAAACGAGUGUCGCGGAAACAUAUGAUGCUCAAGGUUUCGGAGGUCUCGCCAAGAGAUGGUACGAACUUGCAUUCGAGGACUCAGGUUGAGAUCACCGACCUGAGUGGCAAUUCGGGGACCUUUGUGGAUGGCACUAAAUUGACGAAUAAGGAGGGGGAACAGCGCAGCAUGUUUCUCUCGGGGACGGAGCAUGUUAUCAAAUUGGGAUUCACAUAUCCUCCAUUUACAAUUAAAUGGUUUCAAGUGGUCAUCACGUAUGCCUCGAAGGAAGCUAAGGAAACUAAGGCUCUCCUGCAUGCCCUCGAUAUCAAGACCUCAUCCGACUUCGUCUACGGUAGGACCACCCACGUCGUGUCCACCAAACGAAACCUUCCAAAAGUACUACAAGCUCUCGUGACAGGUACUCCUAUUGUGACGAGCAAGUUUCUCGACGCUAUAAUACAAGUCGCUGCUCCCCAGAAUGAGGAUCCAGAGAAGUAUCUGCCUUCAAAGCUUGAGGAGGACUUUGAUAGGUGCUGGCCGAAUGAAAAGAAAUUUAUUCCCCCAGUAAGUGCAGAACCGAUUGAGCGGUCAGAUGAGAUGUUGGAGCCAGACCUGGGCAGGGCCGAAGUCUUCCAUGGGCUUUCCUUCGUCUUCCUUGAUGAAGGUCAGUACAACAGCUUACAUGAGCCCAUUGCAGGAGGCGGAGGGAAGGCACUUCUGUUUCAUGUGCGUCCAGGUGAGACUACUGUGGACGAGUACGUCGAGUUUGUGAAGAACACUGCUGGUCAAAAGAGGCGGGCUAAAUCAAAUGAUCGCCUGCCCGUUGUCACAGUCCGGCUUUCAAAUUGGCCAGAAGGGAUGGAUGAGUGGGCUAUGAACUUUGUGACUGGUGUCGACCAAGCACUGAAUCAGCGCUCCAUCCUCCAGAAUGAAUUUCUUGAUGCUAUCAUCACGAAGGACACCUCUUCCCUCCAGAAACCGCCAUCCAAGCUAGAAGUAGCUUCCAGCAUGCCAGCAACCACAGCGCCCGAAUCCUCAAUGCGCGACCGAACUCCAGUCGCCCGAACUAGAGCACCAUCCCAAGUCCUCGAAACCACUCCAGUCCCCGAAGAACUUCCCAAGACCAUCCCUCGCAAACGCCCCAUCCGUCGAGCUAUAACACAAAGCCGAUUCACCGGCUUUGACGACUACGAACCUCCUAUCAAAUCUCGAAAGAUGAACAACGCUCCCAAGGAAGGCAUUCAGGAACUCAAUCCUGUUCAAGAUUCCUUCCAAGACACCCAAUCUCGCUCCAUUCCUAUCGGUCGGAAGUGCCCAUCUCCCGUUCGCGAAACCAUCGAAGAAAACGACCAACUCCACACACUUUUCCCUACUGCUGCGGCUAUAAGAAAGCGACGGCUUGCUACACGCGGGCCCUCGGUACCCCUAGAGCCAGAGGCGACGCUUACCGACCCCCGUCGACCAAAGAUGCUUGACAACGUCCACAAAUUAAAGAACGUCACCAAGGUUAUCGACGUGCGUGAGCAAGCACGACAGCGUAUCCAAGAAGAAGAAGAACGGCAGCGCGCCGACGAAGAAAGCCUCCGCGAAAUGCUUGAUGGUGUUGAUAUCUCUGAAAUCCGUAAUCUCGUGCAAAUCGAGGAAAUGGACGUGUUGCCUCGCUCACGUGGCGGCCGACGGUCACACCAACAACUUCAACAAAACAAGGUACGAAGUGACCGCUGGAAUGAGGAGUGGAACGGACGCAAGAACUUCAAGAAGUUCCGUCAACGUGGCGCGGCGAGGGGACCUGAGAUGCAGAAGGUUAUCGUGCCGUUUGAAGAGGUGCCACAGAAGAAAGGCGGGGUCUUAGGGGAUGCGUUUUUCCUUGAGGAAGAGCAGAAGACAAGGUCUAAGGAGGAUGAGAGGAGGCUUGCUCGUAGGAUUGGGCGACCCCGUGACGAUAGCUCGGAGCCGGAACCAGGGUUUACGAGGAGGAAGAGGAAACAGCAGCAGCAGCAGCAGCAGCAGCAGCAGCCGCAGCAAUCGGACGUUAUUCAUAUUUCAGAUAGUGGGUUGGAUGAUGAAGAGGCGCUGGAGGAGACACCGGGGAGUGGGAGAACACAGCGUGUUCAAGAGACGCAGAUUGAAGAGACGCAGACGCAGACGCGGAAAGGAGCAAGGAAGAGAGGCCCAGCGGUUGUAGCCGCGGGUCCGAGUAAGAGAAGUAAGGUCACCAAGAGGGAUGAAGAUAGCGAUGAGGAGGAAACUGGGUUCCGGUUCAGGAGGAGGAGAUAA